AAAAAGAUGGAGCAUGGGGAAAAUAAUAGGCAGCCACUCCUCGCCGCUACACCCUCACCGGAAGAACCUCAUCAUGGUAUCUCCGCCGCUACUGCAAUUUUCAGUGCUGAAUCUUCUGAUAUUCCUCCCAUCAACACUCCCAAAGACUUCUCUACUCAGUUCCUCAUCGAGUCCAAGAAGCUCUGGUACCUCACCGGCCCCGCCAUUUUGACAUCCGUUUCUCAGUUCUCCCUCGGCGCCGUCACUCAGGUCAUCGCCGGUCAUGUCGGUACCCUUCAACUCGCCGCCAUCUCCGUCGAGAACUCCAUCAUCGGCAACUUCUGCUACGGCUUCAUGCUCGGGAUGGGAAGCGCGCUGGAGACGCUGUGCGGGCAAGCUUACGGGGCGGGUCAGCUUGAUAUGUUAGGGAUUUACAUGCAGAGGUCAUGGGUGAUUCUGAACACGACGGCUCUGUUUCUGAUUCCAUUUUACAUCUUCGCGGGACUAAUCCUCAAAGCCAUAGGCCAGACGACGGCGAUUUCGGAGGCCGCGGGGCUGUUCGCGAUUUGGAUGAUACCGCAGCUGUUCGCAUACGCGGUGAACUUUCCGAUGCAGAAGUUUUUGCAGGCGCAGAGCAAAAUCAUGGUGAUGGCGUGGAUAUCGACGGCGGUGCUUGUGGUGCACACGGUGAUGAGCUGGCUGCUGAUGCUGAGACUGAAGUGGGGCCUGGUCGGAGCGGCGGUCGCCUUGAACUCGUCGUGGUGGUUGGUCGUGCUUGGUCAGCUGAUUUACAUCUUAUGCGGAAGAUGUGGGCGAGCUUGGAAUGGCUUUUCCUUCCAAGCCUUUAAGAAUCUGUGGGGUUUCGUUCGGCUUUCUCUUGCCUCCGCCGUGAUGCUCUGCUUGGAGGUGUGGUAUUUCACAUUGCUGGUUCUGUUUGCGGGAUAUCUCAAAAACGCUGAAGUUUCGGUGGAUGCCUUGUCUAUUUGCAUCAACAUAUUGUGUUGGGCUAUAAUGGUCUCCUUCGGAUUCAACGCAACCGUAAGUGUGAGAGUAUCCAAUGAACUGGGAGCAGGACAUCCAAGAGCAGCAAAGUUUUCACUGCUUGUUGCCGUAAUAACGUCGUUUCUUCUGGGACUUGUGGUGUCAAUUUUCCUCCUCGUCUUCCGCAAGGAGUAUCCAUCGUUGUUUUCGAGCGACACCGAGGUUCAAAAGGCGGUGAUGGAGCUCACACCCAUGUUGUCUUUAUGCAUCAUCGUCAACAAUGUGCAGCCUGUUCUUUCCGGCGUCGCCGUCGGAGCUGGCUGGCAAGCUAUUGUUGCUUAUGUCAACAUCGCUUGUUACUACGUCGUCGGUGUCCCUCUCGGUCUUAUUUUGGGCUACAAGCUCAACCUUGGAGUCAUUGGAAUCUGGUCAGGAAUGAUGUCAGGGCUCCUUUUACAGACAAUCGUUCUAGCCGUAAUGGUUUGGAGAACCAACUGGAAUAAAGAGGCCUUGCUUGCAGAAGAUAGGAUAAAGAAGUGGGGAGGGCAUGCAAUUAUAGAUGGUGCAAUGGAAAAGACAGAAGAAACUUGAGGCCAAGGUGCAGAAAAUUCUUGCUUUCCACUGGUUUUUCUUUUUAGUUUUUAAUUGUUUUCAUUUUAGGGACGAAUGUUUGGAAUUCUUUCUUAACUUGAGAAAUAGCUUCACCU